AUGUUUGGUAAUAUAGGAAGAGAGAGUCACUAUAACUCUCCACACUCCACCAUCUCAAUCUGCAUUCUGUCACAAUUCACAUUGACCUACCCACCCACUCACUCACUGAGAGCGUACCCACUCGAAAUCAAUGGCGGCGUUUCCUCACCUGACUCAGCUUCUCUCUCUUCAACCUCUUGGCGUUCUCGCGCCGCUCAGAACCUCCACAGAUUCAGCGGCGUCUCAAUAGCCGCUCCUGCAAUCCGUCGACGAGUCUCGUGCCAGGCUGUUUCUUCCGCGCCUUCGUCUUCUGUUGAUGCAAAGGCCAAAGCAGGUCUUAAGGAUUUUCUUCACAUUAGUGAUUUUGACAAGGACACCAUUUUGAAGAUCUUAGACAGAGCCAAGGAGGUUAAGGAACUAAUUAAAUCAGGAGAGAGGACAUAUCUGCCGUGUAAAGGGAAAACUAUGGCAAUGAUAUUUGCCAAGCCGUCUAUGAGAACGAGAGUUUCAUUUGAGACUGGGUUUUAUUUGCUCGGAGGGCAUGCCCUAUACUUGGGACCUGAUGAUAUUCAGAUGGGUAAGCGGGAGGAAACACGUGAUGUUGCUCGUGUUCUCUCUCGCUAUAAUGAUAUCAUUAUGGCUAGAGUUUUUGCUCAUCAGGAUAUUUUAGAUCUUGCUAAGUAUGCCACUGUCCCUGUGAUCAAUGGCUUAACAGACUACAACCAUCCUUGUCAGAUUAUGGCUGAUGCACUCACAAUGAUUGAACACAUUGGUCGACUGGAGGGUACAAAGGUUGUGUAUGUGGGUGAUGGAAACAAUAUUGUGCAUUCCUGGCUGAUGUUGGCAUCCGUCAUUCCUUUUCACUUUGUUUGUGCCUGCCCUAGAGGUUUUGAACCUGAUGCAAGGACAGCUAAGAAAGCAAUAAGGGCUGGAGUCAGCAAAAUAGAAAUAACUAAUGAUCCAAAGGAAGCUGUAAAGGGUGCUGAUGUUGUCUAUACAGAUGUUUGGGCUAGCAUGGGGCAGAAAGAAGAAGCUGAAUAUCGCCGCAAAGUUUUUCAAGGAUUCCAGGUGGACGAGGAGCUAAUGGAACUGGCUGGUCCAAAAGCUUAUUUUAUGCACUGUUUACCUGCCGAAAGAGGUGUUGAGGUUACUGAUGGUGUCAUAGAAGCCCCAAACUCUAUUGUCUUCCCCCAAGCUGAGAACCGGAUGCAUGCUCAAAACGCUAUCAUGCUUCACGCACUUGGCUUGUAAUGGCUGUACUCUCCAGUUACUAAGUGGCUAUAUUAUUAAACUUCUGUUGUUUUUAUAGGACCCUUUUGAUUCUCUUCUUCUUUUGAUGAGCCUGUCGUGGUAUUUAGAGGUAACUUUACUCAUCUACUCUAUGCUUUCCCCUUCUAUGAGCUUUAGAGAUAAUA